CCUCCCCCUCCGUCAGUGUUAGCCCAUAACCCCACCAUGAAUCAAUCAAGCUCAGUCAGCCCAACAGCCGCCAAUGCUUUGACCUUCACAUCAGCCUCGCAUACUCGAAACCUACGCGACACUUUUUUCUUUGCUCUUUGCAAACUCUUGUAAACCCCUCGAGCACACAACGCCCCCGGUUCCUCACUACCGCCGCCAGAAUGUUGAUCAAGGUCCGCACAUUGACCGGCAAGGAGAUCGAGCUGGAUAUUGAGUCAGACUACAAGGUCUCUCAGAUCAAGGAAAAGGUCGAGGAGAAGGAGGGUAUCCCGCCCGUCCAACAGCGACUUAUUCAUGGCGGCAAGCAAAUGACCGACGACAAGACUGCUGCCGAAUACAAUCUCUCCGCUGGUGACACUCUCCAUCUCGUUCUCGCCCUUAGAGGAGGACGAUGGAUGGCAUAAACACAUCGAACGAAUAUUUGAGCGAACAUAGUGGACCUCAUCCCGACUUAACGAGUUCGCCGCUCGACAACCGAGGAUGAUGAGGGAUCACUGUACUAGGUAGAAUGACUGAACACAGUACAACAGCUUGAACCCACGGGAUCAUGAUGUCGAGUCAGCUGGAGCAGUCAUGCGCGAACACUGUUGCUAGUACCCAACACUUUCAGAAGACACGGUGAUAAUACCAAAAGAUACUAUAAAGUUAUUCCCAUUGAUUAAGUAUCCCGUUUUAGCAAGCCUGGCUAUGCUUAUCUUUCACUUGUGGUCUUGAUGCUCUCAUACACAUCGCAAAUUGGCACAUGCGCCAACCUCGAUAUUCCAUUCUAUUCCCAGUCUAAUUCCACGACUUAUGGACUAUUAGUCCGUCGUCAUUGCUGCCAUUCGCUUGUAGCCGUUGGUUCCC